AUCUCAUUCUCUCCACUCCUCAGAAGCCCCAUGGCAAUCACCGCAUCUCUAUCUCUCCGCCCAUACUGCGGCCCAGCUCCGGCUCAGCCCAAAAGAGGCGUCUUCUCCACUAAUCCGUUAUCAUCGCCAUCUCUCCCAAGAACCGGCCCCUUUCCUCUCCUCGCUGCCACGUGGCGCCGCUCCCUCUCCCUCGCACGUGCGAUCUCCACGCUCGACUCCCCACCGACCCAAGACCAAGAGAAGCCCAAAAAAUACUACUUCUUGGUGGCGAAUGCCAAGUUUAUGUUGGAUGAGGAGGAGCAUUUCAGGGAGCUUUUGUUCGAGAGGCUUCGGAAUUAUGGGGAGAGGAACAAGGAGCAGGAUUUCUGGUUGGUGAUUGAGCCCAAGUUUCUUGAGAGGUUCCCUGAGGUUACCAAAAGGUUGAAGAGGCCAGCCGUUGCGUUGGUGUCCACUGAUUCCAAUUGGAUCACGUUCAUGAAGCUGAGGUUGGAUAGGGUUUUAGCUGAAAACUUUGAAGCAGAGAGUUUUGCGAAAGCUAUGGUAUCAAAUCCCAUCGAUCUGCAGUUUGAAAAGCCAGAGAAAUGGGUUGCACCAUAUCCCAAAUAUGAGUAUGGGUGGUGGGAAUCCUUUCUGCCAAAAGAAACAAGCAAAACUGAGGCAUAGGAGCAAAAAAUGCGAGUACUGAAAUAUCAAAUGAUAAGUUAGUAAUAACGAGUGUAAGUGAAUUCUAGAGAGAUUUUCUGUCGCUGUUUAGCAUGUGCAAUGAAUUAUCUUUUUUCAUAUUUCUAAAAUUAUUCUAGGUUUGAAAUGAUAUCAGUUGUUGUCUGUUGUUAGAUUCUCAUGGAUUUGAUAUUAUUCUCUUCAUUAGAAUUC